AUGAAAAAAUUUCGUUGUGAUGUGCGUUCGCAUCUUCUGAUGUCGUUAUUUGCGAAACAUUUCUGGAAAAUACCAAAAAAAGCGGCGAAAAAACGGCCGCUAGGUGUUUCGCUGUCCUGUGAUCUGGACGAACGAGCUGAGUACGCUCGAAAUACGGGUGGUACUAGGUCACCGGGUAAAAACAGGUCACAUUUACAUCUGAACUGCUUGCACUGCCUAAUGGAUGUGUCGUCUAGGGAGCUGCAGAAGCUUUUACUUGCCAAAAAAAUGCAAAAAGCAGCAAUGACCGGAAGGUUGUGGUCAAGCUUCGAUUCGGCUGCUCCUGGUCCUACUGGUACUUCAUUCGAUAGCGCCAGUAGCGAUGCCCAUCAUGCCAGUUUCAACGCCAGCAAGUUAGUUUUUUGUGCAAUUAAGUAA